AUGGAUAUAGAUCCGGUGGAUCAAGAAACAGACAACAAAAACUCAAAAGAAGACAAUGAGUCCCGAAUGUUAAAGGAUGUACUUUUUUCGAAAAGGAAACCUGUUCCAGGACAAACCAUAUUCUUCCUCGAGACUAAAUGCAACUGUACAGAUUCGAAGUAUAGUAUCCUCAAUUUUACGGCACAUCAGGCUUGUUCCAUCGAAUCUGCAGCAUUGCAUCAUUCAAAUUUUGAAGUCUUUGUUCUUUUCGCGUGCCCAACGAUCCGUCAAGAAUCGGAUCCUAUAAUUGAAGCCAUUCUCAGCUAUAAUAAUGUGAAGCUCCGUUACGUCAAUCUCUGGCGCUUUGGGAAAGGGACUCCUAUCGAGGAAUGGAUCAAGAAAAACGAUCUGUUUCGCAGCAGAUAUUUGAAGUUCAACAUAUCCAAUCUCCUUCGAUUAUUGAUCCUAUUUCGCUAUGGUGGCAUCUACUUUGACAUGGAUGUCGUGGUUUUGCGCAGCUUUGAGGAUGAAUCGCCAAACUUUAUGGGUGCUGAGAAAGAGGGAACUAUUGGCAAUAGUGUCAUUGGCCUAGAAACUAACGGAUUUGGCCAUGAGGUUGCAAACCUAAUUUUGACUGAUUUUUACAAAAUCUACAUGGAAAACGUUUCGGUCCACAAUGGACGCCAGUCUUUAGCGCGAGCGAUGACUGUAGUUUGUGGCACAAACGAUGUUAAUCUUAUGAUAAAGGAUCCCGACCGUUGUCAUGGCAUCAAGGUAUUUGACAUCAAUGCCUUUUAUGAGAUUGAUCGGUUGGAACGAACGCAUUUUUUUGAUGAGAAAUACGCAAAUCAAACUCUGAGUCGCCUUAAAAAUUCAUAUCUGAUACAUACUUGGAAUCAAGUUGAUACCAAAUGGCCGCUGAGUGUUGAUUCUAAAGCACCUUAUAUCCAGUUGGCGGCACAGCAUUGUCCCAGAGUCUUUGCAGCAACCGGAAAGCUUUUCACUUAA